UGCCCAACUGUAUGUGCAUUUCUUAGACAUGAAACGAGAUAGAGAGCAGUUCAAGAACUGGUUCUUCCAAGUUACUGGAGCAGAGGCAAAAUGGCAGGACCAGUGUUAUGAUUCGUUGAAUGGAUAUUACCAAAACUUUCAUCAGUGACUAACAACAUAUUUUUCAAUAUUGAUAUAAUUGUAUAUUGAUUAGUUUUAUGUAAGUCGGUUUUAUAUCUUUACUUAUUUCAUUAUAUCUCUUUUGAUGUAAUGCAAUAAAGAUGUCAAAAAAGUCUAAUAAUUAUAACAUUUUAUUAUGUGCCAUUUUAUCAUCCUGCUAUUUUCUUGAAGUAAAAUAACAUUUCAAAUGGACGGUUUUAUAUUUAAGUAGUUGACAUUUCAUAAAUGAAAAUAAUGCGUAGAUCUAUGAGAAUAAAAACGCGUAAGAAAAUAUGGUUAUCCGAUUCAAAAAGAAAGCUUAUUUAGCACAUUGUAAAUAUAAAUGGUAAAUAUAAAGAAAUAAAACAGUAAAAGUUUCUAUAAUUAAAUAACAUUGUAUAAAUGCACAUGUUUUUAUGAAAAUAAAAUGACAAUUACCUGAAGUUAUGAAGGAAAGAUUUCAAUGGCAUGAAGUUCCGUAUUCAUAAAUGGGGUAUGUGGAAAUGUGAGUUAACCAUAACCUUAACCUUAUUAAUUGAUAAAUAUAACUUUCGUAGAAAUCUACAAACUGAUGCUGCAUGCGAAAUUUCUAAGCUUUUGGCUUUUUAUUUUCAAACAAUAAGUCUUAAAUGUGUUUUCCUAUAUAAGUUUGUAUAUAUUCAAGUGACCCAUGUGCAGGCAAAUAUUGACCUCAGGGGGGGGCAUGAUCUAGUUAGUUUUGUUAACACCUUUUAUGACCUUUGGUCUUGUUUAUUUUUUUUUCCUUAUGAUAUUAAUGCAUAAAGUAUUCAUGUCAAAUGGUACAACUCUUAAUUGAACAUCAACUUUAAAACAGUAGGAGUUUUUUUUCCCUUUAGUUGGUGAAAAUUUUGUCAAAAUAAGUAUAAAUGUUAAAUUAGUUAAGUUUUCAAUGUUAUAAUGAGAUUUUUCCUUUAUGUCAAAGAAGUUCUACAAAAGUGUUAUGCAAUAACUUCUAGAAAGGAUUUUUCUAUGGUUUUAUUAAAAAAAGG